AAAAAGCGUAAUGUCAACAAAGCCAAGCUACGCUAGAAUUUUGUUAAAAACUUUAUAAUUUUGUUAAAAAUAUCAAUUUAAAUAACUUAUUGUUUCAGUUCAAGCUUAUGAAUGAUCUAUGUGAUUGUGUAAACGUUAUCAAAACAGAGACAAUAAGGCUACAAAGUAAAAUAAUGUAGGUACAAAAUGGCCUUCCACAACUUACGUUUCCCUUCAACACUACUCGCCUGAAUGUUUCUUAAACUGAUGCUUGUCUAAAACUGUAAUAAGCAUGUCAGAAGCUACAGAAUUUAACAAAAACGAACAAUCGUUCAUACCUGUCACUGAUUUAAAUGAUGUGAAAAACAUGGAUUAUGGACAAUCUAUACGUGAGGAGUCGUCGACGGUGGUGUCCGCAGACACUGCAGGGGACAACGCCAAUCCUGCUGAAACAAAAUAUAGGGAACCACACGACACAAGUCCCGUUUCGCGGGGCCACUGUCGUUUCUGCGCCACCGAAAUGGCUUCUGGCGACCUCUUCGACUUGUCCACUGAAGACAUCAUAGAGAAAUAUCAAAAACUACUGGUGUACCUCAAGUUGGAGGUAGAUUUCUCGCCAACCAACAAGUUGCCUAAACAAGCGUGCGGGUCAUGCCACAAUACGUGUUUAGAAACAUAUCGGUUCUUUUUAAAAGUGAAAAAAGCUCAGGACGAGUUGAACGCAAUAUAUAAUAAUGUCACAUAUGUUCUGGAAGUGGAAGGAGCUGGCAAUAAAGAGGUUCCAAUGGAAAUUGAUGUGAUACAGAAUAUGGUGGUCGGUAAAGGCGUAAUAAAAACGGAAGUCGAAGAUGGUUAUGAUGAUGCGCACUUGGAGCAGAGCUCGUCCGAUGAGGAGGUGCAAUUGACAGAUUUGGAUGACUUAAAACUAAGCAAAGACACCAUCACCCAAAAACCUGCAUCAAAAUCCCUUAAACAGCCAAAAACUGAAGCAACACACGACGUAAAGCCCAAAAGACGAGCCAAAAAGACAGCGUACAAAGUCAAGAAAGUGCCGAUGAAAGUUUUGAAAUCCGAGACGAAUGUUAAGAAUGUCAAUUUCUCGUGGGCAAGUUAUCUGUGGUCGUGUGACCAUUGUAAAGCCGAGUUGGAUACGAUGGAGAACCUGAGGCUGCACAGCAGGUUCUCGCAUAACUAUUGCUACGGGUUCACUUGUGUGGACUGCAACGAUGAGUUUAACACUUUCAACGCGUUCGUGGAGCACGUCCGUAUGCACAGGGAGUAUUUGAGACUGUACUGCCAGUAUUGCAACAAGAAGUUUAGAACCAAAAUGGAGUGUGUCGCCCACACUCUCACCCACUGGAGCGACGGUCAGAAGAUAUGCGAGCUGUGUGGUGAGAUAUUCCCCAGUCAGGGCGCUCUGACACAGCACAAGAGCUCUUACAGAACGAAGCCGUUGACUCACAACACGAGGCGCAAAAGACCCAGACUGGUGGAGGGGCAUUCGGGCUCGUGGGACGAUUACAUUUACACGUGUCAAGACUGCUAUCAGGUUAUGCCCAACGUACAUACAUUAAGAAGUCACGUCAGAGAAAUCCACAUGAAAUGCUUUGCGAUGAAGUGCGCAGACUGUCUGAGGGUGCAUCGGUGUCACGGCGACCUGGUGAAACAUGUACACGGACACAGGCCGGGCUUGAAGAAUUACUGCCAUUAUUGCAACCAGCACUUCACCAACCCUGAGGAUAUGGACGCCCACGUGGAGGUCCACUUCUCAGGGCCACAAACCGACCGGCCUUGUUUCGGCUGCGGAGAGAUAUUCCAGAACGAGGACCAGCUCAGGAAGCACAUCUUCGAAUUCGGCGCUCUGAGGCGGCCGGGCCCUCACUCCGAAGACGAGGUCACUUGCGACAUAUGCUCCAAGAACUGUGUGACAGUUGGCAAAUUGAAGAUACACAGGAAAAUACAUGAAUACAAGGAGAGGUGUUUUGUGUGUGAUACGUGCGGUAACUCCUAUUUCAACUACUGGACGUAUCAGUCCCAUAUAAAAGUGCACGGGGAACGGACGGAGAUAUGCAAGAUUUGCAAGAAAGGAUUCCCGACCAAAGUCAAGUUGAAGAACCACGCUAAAACCCAUUUGGUGGAUAGGCCGUACUCGUGUGAGCAAUGUGGCAGCGCUUUCAAAACGAAGACCAAGCUGACUCGUCACCAGAUGAUCCAUACGGAUGCUAAGCCGUACGUGUGUGUGAUAUGUGACAAGAGUUUCAGACAGAAGAACGGUUUGAAAGUGCAUUCGGCUCAGCACACCGGUGUCAGGCCGUAUCAGUGUGAGUUUUGUGAUAGGACGUUCACGAAUAACCCUAACAGGGAUAAACAUAUGAGACGGAGACAUGGUGUGCCUCUGUACAAGGCUAAGGAGGCUCCCAAAGAGAUAAUGGACUCGAACGCCAAGGAGUGGUUGAAUCAGGUGACAGCGAAUCAGAAGAAACGGAAGGAUGUUAAUGAGACUGUAGUUGAAAUGAGUGGUGCAAUGUAGUGUUAUAUUGUCUGUGGUGUGUUUAUAUCAGUUGUAAAUAAACGAGCUGUGCCCGCGACUUCGUCCGCGUGGAAUAGUUAUUUUGGGCAUCAUUGAAGCCCUCAAGGAUGAAUAAUUUACCCCGUUUCACAUUUUCCAUUAUUUCACCUAAUAGUUGCAGCGUGAUGUUAUAUAGCCUAAAGCCUUCCUCGAUAAAUGAUCUAUUCAACGCAAAAAGUAUUUAUUUUUAUAUUUUUUUUCAUUACCAUUUAUUUUUCAAAUAUAAACAAACUUUUCAGUUUUAUAAUAUUAGUAAAGAUUAAUGUGAAAUACAAUUAAAUGAUUUAAGAUUAAUUAUUUUAGCAAACUGUUUUUACUUAAUAAUUGUAUUAACUUACAUUUAAACUUUUGUACGUUUACUUGACGGGGUAGGCAGAGUCUUCAAUGUUGAUAGCAGAAUACAGUUUUAUUUUAUUAUAUUGUUAUAAUUAUAUUUUUAUUAAGUAUGUACAAAAAAAAAAGUUGUAAACUCUGUUUUUGUCAUAGGAAUUUGUCAUUUGAGGGUAAGAAGUAAUCUGUCGGAAUGUUUGUUCAUGCGUCGUGCAAAAACUAUGUUUCGAUUUUUAUUUUGUUUAUAAAUAAACUAUGAACAAACAAUUGCCGUGUGGUUCUCAGAACUAUAGACUAGGACCACUCCAUAUUCUUUCCUUUGGUAACCGUUAGUUGCGACUAAGAGAGAUUAAUAAAUAAACUUGGGAUUCAUAUAAUCACGUCGAUAUCCCUUGCAGGGUAGACAGAGCCAGUAGACUUGAAAGACUGACAGGCCAAGUUCAGUUGUUUGAUUUGUGAUGAACUGAGAUUCAAAUAGUGACAGGUUGCUAGCCCAUCGCCUGAAAGCAGAAUCCCAAGUUUAUAAGCCUAUCCCUUAGCCGCCUUUUACGGAUGUUAUGGAGUGAUCCUAUUCUUUCUUUUUUCGUGACGGGAACCAACACAACAAACUAUUCUGCUGAAAAGUUACUAGUUGUAAUGUCUGUGUACUUUAAAAAUCUUAUGUAUUUUGUGCAAUAAAAUGUUUUUCUUAAAA